UCCACAGAGAGGAGCCUGUUCGCAUUUCACUGCUGGUGCAAGACAAUGGAGACAGAAAUCGAGCAGCAGGAAGAAGAGACCACUUUCAGCAACACUGACACUAACGGUAAGACGCGUAGGCUAUUCUGUCAGUGCCUCAUCAAAGCUGUGUGUAAGCCAUGCAAUUACCUUGAUUAGACUAGACAUAUAAGACUGCUUUUCUCUAAUAGCUGAUAUCAGUCUUUACAGAAGAGACUACAGGGAUUGACAUUAAGGGAUGCCCUAUUGCCUUGGGCAAGUGAACUAAACAAUCAAACUUUAAAGAAUUCCAGUAGCCUAAAACUGAUCGUUCUGGUUCCUCCUGUUUGUUUAAGUAAAAUACACACAGUUUAUGGCACAGGCAAGUUAAGCCUGCUCUGGUAUAUUCUUUUUUCUGAUAACAACCAAAAUACAAAGAAUUCUCCCCUAUGUGUAGGUGAAAGGCAGGCAAUAUAUGGCACUUCUGCAUGUAAAUGGCUAAUUAAUUUUCAGGCAAGUGAUCAUAAUCUACAGGCAACCAAAAAUUACUAUUGACUUGCCUGAUAGGCAGGUACUUUUCAGACUUUAAUGUCAAUCCCUGGACUACUGGUAUAGCUACAUGCUGGCACCAUGUGUGCAUGUCAGAUGGCCAUGGGUUUCUCUUGUCCAAGUCACUGUGGUAUCAGGAGCAGUUCUGCUAGUUUUAAUCCAGGAAGUGGACUGAACACAUGCUGGGUGGAUACUGUCGCCUGUCUUGGCUGGAACCAGUAUUGGGCAGAGCAUAGCAUCAGGCUAACUCUCCAGGUUUCUCCCUCCAGGUAAACGACCUGCCGAGGACAUGGAGGAGGAGCAGGCCUUCAAGCGCUCUCGCAACACUGACGAGAUGGUGGAGCUGCGGGUACUGCUGCAGAGCAAAGUAAGCCUGCCAACAGAAAUGGGAUUUUAGGCCUAUUCCUUUUAAAUCAGGAAUUCACGAAUUUUUUUUAUUGCAUAAAAUCAGCAAUGCUAUUUCUUACGUCUGUGUGUCAUCGUCGAUUGGUUGGUGUUUUUUUCUGGUGUUCUGAGUUUUGCUAAUCACAUCCCAUCUUCCAAGUUUCAUAUAAUUCAGCGGACUCUCAGACCAAUUACUCUGUUCCUAAGGAAACCCUCUUGUUUCUCCUCAGAAUGCUGGAGCUGUUAUCGGAAAGGGUGGCAAGAAUAUAAAAGCCUUGCGCACAGACGUGAGUACAGAGUUGGCAUCGUCAAAUGCUUUCCUCGACUGGGGGAUUUGCUGUAAAGCUAUAUUUAUGUCCUUAUAAACCCAACAUUUUCAUAGGCAUUAUGGAAUCCAAUUACCCCAUUCUAAUGACAACCCUUAUGCGUCCUAUUAAAGAAACGUGAUCCCUGUACUAAAUGGUUUCCCUUUAAUAUAGAUAAUUUCCCAUCUAUAGAUUGUCAUUCUGUUAUCUGAAUGUAUUGUUUGACUUGAAGCAAUUCCACGUUAACAGAAUGAUGCAGAGACUUUAAAAUAUGUCAAACAAAAACCAAUGAUUGGGAAUUUAAACAAACCAUACAACUCUAUGCACAUGUACUACUUUCAACAAUUUCCACUUAACAUUUGACAAAACACAUUUACUUGAACAGUGCAGCUGCAAAGUUGAACAGAAUGUUCUGUGCUGUUUGUGCCGUCAUUCUGUUAACAAACUUUGCAUCUGCACUGUUCUUCAAGUAAAUGUUGCAUGUCUGUGAAAACUGGGAGGGAUAACUGCAGUGUUCUUAUACAGAAGUCACAGAUUCUCUCUUUCCCAAAUGACACAUCUAUAGGUUGGCUCAUGUGGACAGGCAUGGUUUGGCUUGAUUGGAUCAGAUUUGGGGUAGAGUAUGGGUGGGACGUUUUUCUUGCGUUUCCGAUAAAAGGGAACUAUUCUUUACUAGGCUCUGAACGUGAUUUCUAAUGCCCUGAAGCUAUACUGGACUGUGGCGGUGCCAUAAAACCCCCUUAAACAGGUGUCUCAAAGCCUGAGCGGACCUAUAGUCUAUUACAGCCUAUGUAGUAGCCAUGCAGUCCAUUUAGCUAAGUGUCUUUGCUAGAGCUGGCUUAGUCCAGCCGCCCUUUUUUCUUCUGCACUCACCAUCUUUUUUUGGAAGCAGUAUAGCGUGUAUUCAAUUAAAAUGUAUUCCUUCUCCCCCUCUUCCCUCUCCUUUACUUUGUUAUUUUUGGCCACCUUCCUCCGUUGCCCAUGUACUGGAUCGACAUGCCCCUCCUGCGUUGCCCACCUUGACGUUGGCCCAACCUCCGCCCCUGAACGCCCGCCCACCUGACACCCCGGUUGGCCCCGCCCCGCCCCGCCGCCCGCCCACAAACGUGCCCCUCCCUAAACGGGCACCUUACUUGACAUCUUGUGAUUGAAUGCCCUUGCCCAAUGCCAACCUCCACGGCCAAUGCAGUACAAUGCCAGUGUAUCAGUCCCUGACAGCAGUGGCCCAGAGCGGUAUGUCCCACCAGUUAUUGCCUCACUGCCUGAUUAGAACAGAGAAAAACACAUGUCUUUGAUAGCCUGCCUUCUGUUUCAUUUGAACAUUUUAUACACAUAGAACACCCCCUCCCCCUUUAUCAAGAGACGUGUAUUGUUCCAUUUGAAUUGUUCUGUCUCCUCCCCCUCUACCCUUCUUCCCCCACAUUCAAGUAUUUCCAUUUAAUUUGGACCUUUUUGUCACUAGAAAUGAAAUCACUUGUCCUGUAUAGAUGGAGAAAAAAUUAAUCCACUUUCAGUAGAUCAUAUUAAAUGGGAGGAGCCCAGUUGUUGGCUUCUGUUUCCUUGCUGUGGUAUUUUUAAUCGUGAACUGUGGAAAGCCAAUGAUCUUUCUCGCUCUGUCCUUGUGGUCCACCUUGCUGCGCCCCUCCCCCACCCCACUGUUCUCAACAUCACUGUUCAUGAUCUCAGUGCUCAAGUGCCGCCUACUCUGUAACUCCUCACUGUUGUCUUUCUUUACCUUGUGGUACAUCUCCACUGUUUGGUUUCUGUCCCCCGUUAGGUUCUCCCCCCAUGUUUGUUUUCUCUCAGUACCCCCAUCAGUCCAGAUUGCCUGCCAAACCUCUCAUUCCACCCUCGCUCCUGUCCGCCACCUAGUGGUUAUCACUCACAUCCCCCUGCUUUCUUUGUUUUUCUCUUCUACCUCUCCACCCUGUCGCUAUAAGAAGGUGUGCCGGUGGCACGAUUGUGAUGUAAAGUUUUAAAAGUUUUUAUUUUCUUUACCCUCAAGUGAUGGUGAUGGUUAAAAUAAGUCCCCCCCCCCCCCCCCCCACCUACAGUGGCCAGCCUUGUGCCUCGCGUUGUAAUCUAAAGCCGCUCCAAAGCGGCCCCAUUCCAAUCCUGAAGCCUCUCUUUUGUUGAAUGUGAGAAGCAUUUCAGUCCAGUGUUGGGAAAGUCCUCUUCCUUUUGUUUUUGUUUUUAAACGUUUACUUUUUAAAACUCUGUGCUUAAAGGAGUGUUAGUCUUGAAGUAAGUUUUUAUUUUAUUUUUGCUUUCUGUCCUCCCUCUGUUUUGCCUCGUUGCCUUUGGCCACAUAUUAUUCCCUACCAGGAUCCUGAGUGUGAGUGCAGAUAUCGAGACUAUCGGAGAGAUACUGCUGAAGAUGAUCCCUACUCUGGAAGAGGUGAGUGCCCGGCGGCAUCCAUAGAUAUACACAUGUAGGUUUGUCUUUUUCUUAAUCCUCAAAGUCAAGAGCUGAAGGCUGUAUUUGACCUGACUGAUCUGUACCUGUUUUUUCCUAGUACCAGCAUUAUAACGGGAUUGAUUUUGACUGCGAGCUGCGUUUGCUGAUCCAUCAGAGUUUGGCCGGAGGCAUCAUUGGGGUGAAAGGUACCAAGAUAAAGGAGUUAAGAGAGGUAAGAUGGGAUCCUGGUGUCUAAUGUACGCCACUGAUUGACUCCGUCUAUACUCAUGUACAAGAAGAAGAAGAAGUGCAUAGAUUGCAUGUUACUAAACUAAAGGGUUUUCUUUGUUGCCUACUUGUCCACAAAUGGUUAUGGGGAAUGUAUUGAAGAUAUAAUUUAAUGCUCAAAGCUGAAGAAGGGUCAAACCCAUUUUGAACAUACAGUGGGGGAAAAAAGUAUUUAGUCAGCCACCAAUUGUGCAAGUCCUCCCACUUAAAAAGAUGAGAGGCCUGUAAUUUUCAUCAUAGGUACACGUCAACUAUGACAGACAAAUUGAGGAGAAAAAAAUCCAGAAAAUCACAUUGUAGGAUUUUUAAUGAAUUUAUUUGCAAAUUAUGGUGGAAAAUAAGUAUUUGGUCACCUACAAACAAGCAAGAUUUCUGGCUCUCACAGACCUGUAACUUCUUCUUUAAGAGGCUCCUCUGUCCUCCACUCGUUACCUGUAUUAAUGGCACCUGUUUGAACUUAUCAGUAUAAAAGACACCUGUCCACAACCUCAAACAGUCACACUCCAAACUCCACUAUGGCCAAGACCAAAGAGCUGUCAAAGGACACCAGAAACAAAAUUGUAGACCUGCACCAGGCUGGGAAGACUGAAUCUGCAAUAGGUAAGCAGCUUGAUUUGAAGAAAUCAACUGUGGGAGCAAUUAUUAGGAAAUGGAAGACAUACUGAUAAUCUCCCUCGAUCUGGGGCUCCACGCAAGAUCUCACCCCGUGGGGUCAAAAUGAUCACAAGAACGGUGAGCAAAAAUCCCAGAACCACACGGGGGGACCUAGUGAAUGACCUGCAGAGAGCUGGGACCAAAGUAACAAAGCCUACCAUCAGUAACACACUACGCCGCCAGGGACUCAAAUCCUGCAGUGCCAGACGUGUCCCCCUGCUUAAGCCAGUACAUGUCCAGGCCCGUCUGAAGUUUGCUAGAGUGCAUUUGGAUGAUCCAGAAGAGGAUUGGGAGAAUGUCAUAUGGUCAGAUGAAACCAAAAUAUAACUUUUUGGUAAAAACUCAACUCGUCGUGUUUGGAGGACAAAGAAUGCUGAGUUGCAUCCAAAGAACACCAUACCUACUGUGAAGCAUGGGGGUGGAAACAUCAUGCUUUGGGGCUGUUUUUCUGCAAAGGGACCAGGACGACUGAUCCGUGUAAAGGAAAGAAUGAAUGGGGCCAUGUAUCGUGAGAUUUUGAGUGAAAACCUCCUUCCAUCAGCAAGGGCAUUGAAGAUGAAACGUGGCUGGGUCUUUCAGCAUGACAAUGAUCCCAAACACACCGCCCGGGCAACGAAGGAGUGGCUUCGUAAGAAGCAUUUCAAGGUCCUGGAGUGGCCUAGCCAGUCUCCAGAUCUCAACCCCAUAGAAAAUCUUUGGAGGGAGUUGAAAGUCUGUGUUGCCCAGCGACAGCCCCAAAACAUCACUGCUCUAGAGGAGAUCUGCAUGGAGGAAUGGGCCAAAAUACCAGCAACAGUGUGUGAAAACCUUGUGAUGACUUACAGAAAACGUUUGACCUGUCAUUUCCAACAAAGGGUAUAUAACAAAGUAUUGAGCAACUUUAGUUAUUGACCAAAUACUUAUUUUCCACCAUAGUUUGCAAAUAAAUUCAUUAAAAAUCCUACAAUGUGAUUUUCUGGAUUUUUUUCUCUCUCAAUUUGUCUGUCAUAGUUGACGUGUACCUAUGAUGAAAAUUACAGGCCUCUCUCCUUUUUAAGUGGGAGAACUUGCACAAUUGGUGGCUGACUAAAUACUUUUUUCCCCCACUGUAUGCCGUUGUUGUGGGCGUAUUUCAUGCUGGGCUUCCUGUCUCCACCAGAACACCCAGACUACCAUCAAGCUGUUCCAGGAGUGCUGUCCUCACUCCACUGACCGUGUUGUUCUGGUUGGAGGAAAGCCAGACCGUGUCGUCGAUUGCAUCAAAGUUAUCCUGGAGUUGGUAUCUGAGGUGGGUGAGAGUUCGGGCUGUGACGGUCAUGGAAUUUUGGAUGACUGUUAUUGGUCAGCCAAAUGACCGCGGUCUUCGUUUUAAUAGUUUUAAUAGCGUGUGUGUAUUUUAAGAUGCAUAUUUUCUCCUCUGCUCCUGACUGCACGUGCUGUGCUUCUGCAGGCAGGGUGCACAUUUUGGUUUUUGCCCUAGCACUACGCAGCUGAUUCAAAUAACCAACUCAUCAAGCUUUGAUUAUUUGAAUCGGAUGUGUAGUGCAAGGGCAAAAACCAAAAUGUGUACCCAGGGGAAGGGCCCCAGGUCAGAGUUUGGAAACCCUAGCCUAGGCAACCAAAGACUCAUUUGCUACAACACCUUGCUUGUUUCAGCAAGGAGCAACAAAGUUUCAUCGUGUUGUAAAGUGUCCUUGUUACUGCGGAAACUGACUCAACCACACAAAUGCAUGGCCGCCCAGUGUUUAUUUUUAAACCCAGACCGUAACGGUCUUCUAUAAUCGUUGGUAAAGCGAUUAUACGGUAAUUGUGCCAGCCCUAGUGAGUUCAGUUCUGAGCUGGUGACAGCAACACACUUCACCACCAGUGUCUAAACAUGGAAACUCAAUGAAAGUCUGUCACUUAAACUAGAAUUGUACUUGUUUAAUAACCGCAGAUGCUUUUUGUUUGUUUUAUAUAUUCCAUUUACAACAGCUGUUGACAUUGUAGUUGUUCCAGAGCAAAAAAAAAAAUCAAAUAGCUACAGGUAACUGGCAAAAGAAAGGAAACCCAACGAGAAAUUACAUCAUUUGGUGGUGGAAAACGCUGUGUCAGGUGCUGCUCCAGAAUCUCCCAUAAGUGUUAAAUUGUGUGUCAGUCACACCCUUUAAACCCCCUAUGCUCCUUUGAGACACCUCUUUCAAAGUCACUGAGAUCUAUUCUAGACAUGGUACCCAAAAUAAUGGGCAACUUGGCAUUUUUAUACAUGACCCUAAGCAUGAUGGGAUGUUAAUUGAUUAAUUAACUCAGGAACCACAGCUGUGUGGAAGCACCUGCUUUCAAUAUACUUAGUAUCCCUCAUUUACUGAAGUUAUUCCUUUAUUUUGGCAGUUACAUUUAACAUCUCAUCAAUAGUCUCAUAGUAUUAUCUAUCUUCAGGCUCCCAUCAAAGGGCGCGCCCAGCCUUACGACCCCAACUUCUACGACGAGACAUACGACUACGGCGGCUUCACCAUGAUGUUCGAGGAGCGGGGCCGUCGGCCCAUGGGGGGGUUCCCCAUACGGGGCCGGGGGGGCUUUGAGCGCAUGCCCCCUGGCCGCGGGGCCCGACCCAUGCCCCCCUCCAGACGGGACUAUGACGACAUGAGCCCUCGCCGGGGUCCACCCCCUCCCCUGCCAACCAGAGGAGGGCGUGGAGGGAGCCGGGCUCGAAACCUGCCCCUCCCCCUACCACCACCCUCAAGAGGAGGGUACGGAGCUUUACUUCCUUCUGUUCUUUCUUUCAAUUAUUGUUUGUUUAUGGCUACCUCUUAUCACCUCAUCAGUCACUCAGUGAUGUUUAUAACCCUCUGCCUGAGUACAUAGAACUAGAAUGGACAUGAACGUUCUGCUUUAUGACGUAGCCCUUCUAGUAAUUUAAUAGGAUCUCUGUGCCUAAGUGUUCCACAGCUGUCUCCCUGCUAUUAGACCUGUAUAUACAUCUCUGGGCUUUCUCUUAUGUUGACUCAGUCAUAUGGACCCAAGUCAUACUUUGUUGGACUAAUCCUUUAAAGGAAUCUUUUCUGACACAUUUCCACUGAGUCACAUUGACCCUGUCGUGUGUUUGUUUGCAGAGGGGACCGGUUCUCUCAUCAGAGCUAUCACGGCAACAUGGACGACAGACCUAAGUAAGUCAUUUGUGUCAAACAAAGGCAGCACCUGCUGAGUGGUUAGGGUAGAAUUCCUUCACCUCUCCAAAUCAGCAUAGCCAUUUGGAGAAUGGCUUGCUCAGAUGUGGCGAUUAAUAUCUCUGUCAAAUGUUGGGAUUAAUCGUUAUCUGUUGAUUUAAUGACAGUCAAUACGGUUCUACCAAUGACACAGUAGUUAUUUUGUAAACAUGACCUCUCAUCCCAUGAGUAGAUGACCAUAAGAACACCAUGUCAGUGUCUUCUUAUCAACAUGGAUUUAAAAAACAAUUUAGCUCUUCACACUCAGAAGGACUGGUAUCACACUUGUAUAGUACAGACUUGUCAGCCCAUUGGUUUGGGGCCACUAUCGGUCCAUCAGAGGAGGUGAACUGAACCCUCUCGUGUCAUGUUAACCCCGACACCCUCCCUCCCCUCUUAUCUAAGCAGUGACAGAAGAGGAAGACCAGGAGACCGCUACGACAGCAUGGUGAGUGUUUAGCAUGGUAGAGUUACAGAGCUUCAGUCUGUUGCCUGGUGUUUUAAUAGUAGGUAGGUCGACACGCAUUUUAGAUGGUAAUGGUUUUAGUUACAGUGCAUUCGGAAAGUAUUCAGACCCUCAUUUUUUUAUAAUAAUAAUAUAAUAUGCCAUUUAGCAGACGCUUUUAUCCAAAGCGACUUACAGUCAUGCGUGCAUACAUUUUUUUGUGUAUGGGUGGUCCCGGGGAUCGAACCCACUACCUUGGCGUUACAAGCGCCGUGCUCUACCAGCUGAGCUUCAGAGGACCAUUUAUGUUAUAGCUUUAAUCUCAAAUUUAUUAAAUUGUUCCCCCCCCCCUCAAUCCACACACAAUACCCCAUAAUCACAAUGCAAAAACAGGUUUUUAUAAAUGUUUGCACAUUUACGUAAGUAUUCAGACCCUUUAUUCAGUACUUUGUUGAAGCACCUUUGGCAGCGAUUACAGCCUCAAAUCUUCUUGGGUAUGACGCUACAAGCUUGGCACACCUGUAUUUGGGGAGUUUCUUCCAUUCUUCUCUGCAGAUCCUCUCAAGCUCUGUCAGGUUGAAUGGUGAGCGUCGCUGCACAGCUAUUUUCAGGUCUCUCCAGAGAUGUUGGAUCGGGUUCAAGUCCGGGCUCUGGCUAGGCCACUCAAGGGCUCUCAGAGACUUGUCCCGAAGCCACUCCUGCGUUGUCUUGGCUGUGUGCUUAGGGUUGUUGUCCAGUUGGAAGGUGAAACUUUGCCCCAGUCUGAGGUCCUGAGCGCUCUGGAGCGCUGAAAAACAUUGCCACAGCAUGAUGCUGCCACCACCAUGCUUCACUGUAGGGAUGGUGCCUGGUUUCCUCCAGAAGUGACGCUUGGCAUUCAGGCCAAAGAGUUCGAUCUUGGUUUCAUCAGACCUGAGAGUCCUUUAGGUGCCUUUUGGCAAACUCCCCCGAUGGUACAGUUUGGCCGGGCAGCCAGCUCUAGGAAGAGUCUAGGUGGGUCCAACUUCUUCCAUUUAAGAAUGAUGGAGGCCACUGUGUUCUUGGACCUUCAAUGCUGCAGAAAUGUUUUGGUGCCUCGGCACAAUCCUGUCUCUGAGCUCUACGGACAAUUCCUUUGACCUUAUGGCUUGGUUUUUGCUCUGACAUGCACUGUCAACAGGUGUGUGUGCCUUUCCAAAUCCUGUCCAGUCAAUUGAAUUUAUCACAGGUGGACUCCAAUCAAGUUGUAGAAACAUCUCAAGGAUGAUCAAUGGAAACAGGAUGCACCUGAGCUCAAUUUUGAGGCAUUUCUGUUUUUUAUAUUUAAUACAUUUGCAACCAUUUCUAAACCUGUUUUCGCUUCAAUAUGGGGUAUUGUGUGUAGAUUGAGGAAAAAAAAUAAUUUAAUCCAUUUUAGAAUAAGGCUGUAAUGUAACAAAAUGUGGAGAAGGGGUCUGAAUACUUUCCAAAUGCACUGUAUGUGUGUAAAUGGAUUGGGAUUGUUAUCCUGCCCUAGUGAAAUCACGGUGGUUUGGACACUGGUGCUGCUCUUCACCGAGCGAACACACUGGUUAGGCCUAUUGUUGCCUGGCAACAGUUGUCUCCUUGGUUACCAAGGAGCAGCUGAAUACGUAAUCUGGAGCCGCCAAACUAACAAAUGAACUUCAGGUGAAACCAAAGCGAUUCCCGUACAGGGUUGGUCGGGUCGUACCAAUAACAUUCAUAGUAGAAAAUGAAUAAGGCAGCUAAGAUUCAUAUGCACAAAUUAUAGAGCUCAAUAUCAAACAAAUUUAAACCAGUAUUUGACUUAAUGAAUGUUUCAGUCUUGUAAUAAGUCUCUCAAGUUGACUUUCUCUCUUCCCUAUGGUUUGCUGAAUACAGAGUGGUGGAUACGGGGGUGAGUCUUCUUCCUUCCGAGUUUCUUUUGGUCAUGGUAGUCUCUACACUCUUGUUUGAAUGUCUCUUAGGUUGGAGUAUAGUCCUUUCUGUCCAGUAAGCACCAGCAGCUCUCCCCCUGUCCUUUGUUGGUCUGUGUUGAGUCUGUCUAUGUAGUCGAUCAGCCACAGUGUGAUGUAUUGGUAUCCUUCCUUUUCCUUCCUUCAUCUUUUCAAAGACAACAAUUCCUCGUGGGAGCCCUUUCAGUCUGGUGAGUGCAAAUGGAUCACGUUUGUAUCAAUGUCUCAUUUUGUUGCUUCCGUAUUUGUUUUCGUGUAGUUUUGAGGACUUUCCACACAACAGAGGAUAAAUUCUGAGUAUCUCUCUCUAGGUGGCCGAGGGUCAUACAGUGACAUCGGCGGUCCCGUCAUCACGACUCAAGUUACCAUCCCCAAGGAUGUGAGUAAAGGUUUAAUCAGCACAGUCCCAAGCAUAAUAACACCCUUUACCAGAGACACACAGACAUCCUUGAAAUAUGUUCAUGAGAAAAACCCAGAUGAGAUUCUUCCCAAUUGAUCAUGAAGUUCCCACAUCAGCCUUUAUUCAUACGUGAUUGAAAUUCAUCUACCCCCCAAAACCCUGUGCCCCCCUUUACCUGGUUGUCAUUGUGCCGAUCACAUUGUUGGGGAAAAGUAACCCUGGCUCCUCACUUGUCGUAGCUGGCCGGCUCCAUCAUUGGGAAGGGCGGACAGCGAAUCAAGCAGAUCCGUCACGAGUCGGGAGCGUCUAUCAAGAUCGACGAGCCACUAGAGGGCUCAGAGGACCGCAUCAUCACCAUCAAUGGAACACAGGACCAGAUUCAGAACGCCCAGUAUCUACUGCAGAACAGGCACGUGCUAGAACCCUUUCCUCGUCUCUGCUGA